UUCGUUCAUUCAGAUGGAUAAUAUAACACGAUUCUUACAAGGAGUUCGUCAGGUACACAAAUACACAAAAACAAACACAUAAAAACAGGAACUAGUGAAAAGAAUAACGAGGAGUAACAGAUGUUCAAUAGCUUGGCAUGAAGGACUCUCAGUUGUUUGAGACAACAGAUCUAUUCAGCGCUAAAGAUAUGUCAUCUGUUGUACAUACCAUAUUAUCCUUGGCAGAGUUAUCUUUAAAAUGGAAUUCAGAUGAUGGAGACCCAUCUUUGAUGCUGACAAUAGAGAAUGAUAAGGAUGGAGACUCAAAAGAAGGGCCGGAUCAUCAUGACGUACGAGGAAUAUUUAAAGAGGCAAAGGGUACCAGAAAGAAGUCAUUGACAGUAAACGUUCAUUCAGACGAAAAUAACAAGGAUGAAAAAACCCAAUCCCCUUCGCCUACUACCUCAAAUUGCGCACGUCCGCCGAAAUCACCCUUGAGGAAUGCUAAGUCAGCUAAUUCAGUAGGGUCGUUAAAGGUAGCUAGCAGCAGUAGUCGAUUCAAAGAUCAAAAGAGACGCCCAUCUGUACCUACGCUUUCUAGUUCUCCGUUUAUAAAAGACGAUGAAAGCAAGAGAGACUUUUUUACCAAGCCGUCAGAUCUGCAAAAGAAAAGACAGGAGAGUGUAAAAAGCGCCAUUUUCACAGAACCGACUCCGUCGAUUGAUUCAAGGCGUGAAUCGACCAUGGCAGAGGCAGAAGGAAAGCUUAUUCUUACAAAUGAUCAAGAUGAGACAAUAACACAAUAUCAACUGGGUAAUUGUAUAGGAAAGGGGCAGUUUGGAGCUGUUUACAGAGCGCUUGAUUUAGCAACAGGCGAGGUUGUAGCAGUAAAAAGAGUCAAAUUAGAAGAAGAAGAGCUUUAUCAAGAGAUUAUGAAAGAGGUGAAUAUCUUAAAGACGCUCUCGCAUACCAACGUGAUCAAGUAUAUUGGGUUUAUUCGAAGUGAAGAAUACAUUAACAUUGUCUUGGAAUAUGCUGAAAAUGGAUCUUUAAUGUCAACAUUGAAAGCGUUUGGUGCAUUUCCUGAAAAGUUGGUUGCUUCUUUUUGUAUCAAGAUCCUAAAGGGUUUAGAAUAUUUGCAUGCAAAUGAUGUUGUCCAUUGUGAUCUAAAGGCAGCCAAUAUCCUCACCACCAAGACAGGAGAUGUUAAACUGACCGAUUUUGGUGUUUCUCUUAAUCUAAAGAUCAAAACAACAGAGAAUGAUACUGUUUCUGGAACUCCCAACUGGAUGGCUCCUGAAGUGAUUGAAUUAAAAGGUGCAACAACCAAAUCUGAUAUCUGGUCUCUUGGUUGUACAUUGAUCGAAUUAGUGACGGGUAAGCCACCCUAUAGCGACUUAUUGGCCAUGUCUGCCAUGUUUCGUAUCGUUGAGGAUGACUACCCUCCUUUACCUGAUCAUAUUUCUGAGGAUAUGCGUAACUUUCUAUUGCGCUGCUUUCAAAAGAAUCCAGAAGAGAGAGCAUCAAGUAAAGAAUUACAACAGCACGAAUGGAUCAUCAAGAAUUUGAAAACCAAACAAAAGAGUAUGUUUCUAUAUAGCUAGACAAAAGUGUAUUGACCCCAUGAGAGUAGAUGUCUUAAAUGGCAGUAAUGACACAAGCUCGUGUCACCCAACAGAGGAAACUCAAGCAAACAAAGCCGCCAGUGUAACUACUGCAUCAGAGCUUGAACAGUACUAUUCACUCAAUACAACAGCAAUGAUGCCAAUGUUGGAUAA